CGCUGCCGGUUUUGGAGACAAAGCUAGCUGCUCUCGACUUUGAGUGACCUGAAACCCUAGAAAAGCCUCCGUCUUACGAUUUCUCUAGCUCCCCCUCGCUUCCGCCAUCUCUUCUUCGUCGCCGCCGCUGCCGCCGCCGACGCCGAUCGGAUUCCAUGGCUCCUAAGAAGGACAAAGCUCCCCCUCCGUCUUCAAAGCCUGCCAAAUCUGGCGGUGGCAAGCAGAAGAAGAAGAAGUGGAGCAAGGGGAAGCAGAAGGAGAAGGUGAACAACAUGGUGCUGUUCGACCAGGGAACUUACGACAAGCUUCUCACCGAGGCGCCAAAGUACAAGCUCAUCACUCCUUCCAUUCUCUCCGAUCGCUUGAGGGUCAAUGGUUCUCUAGCAAGGAAGGCUAUAAGAGAACUGAUGGCGAGAGGUCUGAUCAGGAUGGUUUCUGCUCACUCCAGCCAACAGAUCUACACAAGGGCUACAAACACAUAGAUGUUUCGUAAUUUUGUCUCACUUCCAGUUGGUGCUGUACUCUGCUGUUCUUUUUAUCGACGUGUAAGACUUUUUAGAUCGUGAUUGUUGUUACUGUGAUUUAACAUGCAUCGUUUGGAUUUUC